AUUACCCAGUACAACGCAACACAAGAGCUCCGUAGGGUGAAACAUUGCAUCAUUGAAAGACUGCAUAUCCACCCAUUUUCAGUACCAUUUUGACUGUCAAAAUGUAGUUUACUACCACAGGAAGCCUUUUAGACUAUAUUAUUGUAGCUAAGCCUUAUAUAAUAAGCAAAGCGGGAUUCCAGUAGUGGCUAACGGCUAUCAGCUCCAACAACAGAGACUGAUCAAAGAUGUGUAAAUAAAAGUGAUGCUCCUCUGCGGCGGAUGACCAGAGGUACUUUCGUGCGGUACAAGACUGGUGGGAAUCGACAGUCAAGAUGAUGAAGAAAAAGAAGUUUAAGUUCAGAGUGGAUUUUGUGUUGGACGAGCUGUCGUCGGUUCCGUUUGUGAACGGGGUUCUGUUCUGUAAAGUCCGCCUGCUCGACGGCGGAUUCUCGGAAGAGUCGUCACGGGAGACAGUUCAGGCUAACUGUGUACACUGGAGAAAGAGAUUCUCCUUUCCCUGUAAAAUGAGUGCUAAUGCUGGAACUGGAGUCCUUGACCCCUGUGUGUGUCGAGUUUCAGUCAGAAAGGAACUGAAAGGUGGAAAGACUUACGCAAAGCUGGGUUUUGCUGAUCUCAACCUGGCUGAGUUUGCAGGGUCAGGUAGUACCACACGUAGGUGUCUGCUGGAGGGUUAUGACACCAAGAACACUAGGCAAGACAACUCCAUUCUUAAGGUGAUUAUUAGCACACAGUUAAUGUCUGGGGACCCUUGCUUCAAAACGCCUCCAUCCACUGCCACAGUGAUAGGCAUUCAGGGUGAUGCUGAGAGUCUGCUGGAAGACAGGAAAGGAGGAGACACACAGAAACCUUUUCUGAGCCUCUCAGAGACAUCAGGGAACUGUGGCUCUAUGCCUGAUGAAUUGGGACUGUGUGGACACUCUCGAACGUCCAGUUACGCUAGUCAGCAGUCCAAAGUAUCAGGCUAUAGUACGGGUCACUCACGUUCCUCCAGUCUGUCGGAGUUCUCUCACAGGAGAAACACUUCGGUGGGCAGUGCUUCCACUGGAAUUGCCAGCAUCCCGGAACCCAGUGAGGAGAGUGACCAAACUACAGCGCCCCAUACAGCCCCGGGGGUCUGCGCUGCUCUGCCUGAACACCCAUCAACCCCUGACAGAGCUGCCAGCAGAUACCCAGUGAAACAGGACUCAAUGGAGUCUCAGCUGAAAAGGGUAGAUGCUACAAGGGUGGAUGCUGAUGACGUAGUAGAGAAGAUCCUGCAGAGCCAGGAUUUUACCCACAGUCUGCUGGACUCCAGCGCUGAAGAGGAAGGCCUUCGCUUGUUUGUGGGUCCUGGUGGAAGCACAGCACUUGGUAGCCACCACCUUCCUGCCAGGGUUGGACCUGGUGCCUAUGAACAGGUGGUGAUCAAACGCUAGGAUUGGGAGAUGCCAGGAGGAGACGUGUCAAAAACCAAAGUGUCAAAAACCAAAGUCUGUUUCGUGGGAGGAGAGAGAGGGAAGGUUGGAGGGACAAAGAGAUCAAAAGACAGACAUUUCGAACCAAUUUCAGCUUUUCGACGAAACGGUGCCCUCUGCUGGCUACAUAUAGAUCUGACAGCUCCUCUGUAUGAGGCUGCCAUUAUUGCCGUAUGUGUUUCACUGUGAGGUAAAGUCAGUCUUCUAACACAUCUGCAUUGCAAACCGUAAUUGUUAUUUUGACCUUGUCAUUUUCUAACCUUUCAUAGUGCAGUUUUUUGUUUAUAAGAUCUCUGUAUAUUUUAGUCUGUAUUUAUGUCUGUAAGUCAGUGUAAGGGGUCUGUCUGUAAUAUUUGGAGUUUGUAUACAUUUUCGCAACAUUGUGUAUGUGUGUGAAGUGUAUUCUGUUUCUGCAGAGGAAGGUAGUAACCUCUUAUAACUCCUAUAGCUGGUAUUCUGUCAUCGCUUUACUGUACGAAUGGAAAUCAAACCGUCCUAACCCACUCCAGUGCAAGGCUUAAAUCAGUCCGCAGGUUGUUUAAAUGUGUUUGUGUUCAUGUAAGAGGUUGUGAUCCAUUUGACAGCCCUUUUCAGAUUUAAGAAACAUGUCAAUUUGAAAAGCACUUUGAAUUCAAGGACUCUUCAAAACUUUACAUGGGAGUUCAUUCUCUAUGUUAGCCCAUACACAUUAAAUGUGUAUUGCUUCUGUUCUUUUGUUGCCAAAUGAGGACUUUCAGCUUGACUAGCAGACUUAAAUGCAGAUUAUAUAACUUCAACAGCUGUGUUGUAUGUACAUAUGUAGUCAUUUUUCAUUUUGAUUUGUAGACACAUUUGCUACUUCAGAACCGAGCAGAUUAAUACCAGGUACAGUUAGCAGUGUAUUACAUAACCAUUUAUAACGUCACGUAAAUAUACUGGCUUUCACAUAUGGACGAAAUCAGACAAGCUUUGUUCUAAAGCUACGCUUAGUAACAGGGCAGCAGAGAAUUAAGCUUUUAACCAUUUCAACAACGCUUGAAAUUGAACUAUUUAGCACAAGGCUCUCGAGAUAACAUCAGUAACACUACAACUUUUCGCAGUACUUGAUGUAUCAUUUAAAUGAAGCUAUUUUAAUUCAGUGCUGAGGUCAUAAGUAUCUGUGUCUGUAAGAUCAACAGUAGGGCAUUUCAGAAGAUAUCAAACCAUAACUUAGUGCUUAACUUGUUCUAAGUGACUGUAUGUCCAUAUUUUCUCGGAAGCCAUUUACUGUUUUAAACGUAUAAAUUCCCUUGCCUCUGUUAUGUUGUUUGUGUGAGGAUUGAGUGUGUGUACAGUCUGAUUAUAUCGUAACUGACUAGAAUUAACUUCAAAGUUUAAGUGUACAAAUGCAUGGGUGUCACACCUACUCAGUGUGUCUGAAGCAUCCAGCCUUAUGUGUAGACUUUGCUAUCGCAUAUCCCCAACAUCUCCGUCAGGUUGGUCCUGGCCCAUCAAGAUCCAAACAUUAAAGAACCCUGACAGGAAGCUUGGAUUCAAUAGUAAACUCGACUGCAUGUCUCAGGUUUAAUAUUGUAUCUUCAUUAUUACUGCACAAACAAAGCACUUCCCUGUGAAUGUGUGCAAAUAUCAGUAUAGACUAUUUAGAGACUAUAGAGGCUAUAUCAGAGAAUAUUUAUUUCUUUCAGCUUCAUUAUCUCCAUUAAAAUGAGUGACCUGCUUAGUUCUUUUGAACUCUAUUUUUAAAAUUUUAAUUGAUCUACUGCCAAAAUGAAAGUCUAUUUUUAUGUAUUUGAGCUUUAGUGAUAAUGUUAGGUUUAAAGUCUGUCAAGAUGCAAGUUUCGCACAUAGUUUCAUAUACGCCACUGUUAGAGAUUUCAGCCCUUUUCACCCACAAUUUUUCCCUAGUUACUCUAACAUAACCUGUAGGUUGGUCCUGAUACUUUACAUGUUGUAAAAAACAUGGUGGCUUUAUCUCUUCUGUGAAGUUUUGGUCCCUGUAAUUGUACCGUGUCUGAUGUAGAAACUAAGGUGACAUUGCUUUUGACUUGUCUUGCAAUGUUGUGUUCUAACCUUUGACCAAUAGUGGCUAUCGUGCCAUGUGUUCUGAUAUGAUGCUGGUAAGGUAUGUACAAUGCAUUGUUAAAUAAAAC